AUGGCUUUACUAAAAUGGUUUAAGAGAAGAAGCAAACUAGAACAAGGUUUGGUGUGUUGUGUUUUCGCGUUAGUUGUCGUUAUUAUUGUUUUGUUUUGUUGCUUCUUGACUUCUCAUGAUGGAGUGUGUACCAGUCCAGCAUGUCUUCGGGCAGCUGUCCAUAUCUUGGAUACGGUCGAUCCUGAGGCAAACCCAUGCGACGACUUUUACAACUUCACAUGCGGUAACUUCAUGAAAAAUUCCAUAGCCAAAGACGCUCCUACUGUUCUGCAUGCUUUAAAAAGCUUAUCGGAAAAUCAACUCAAGGAAAUUGUCACGGAAACAAGAAAUGAAACUGAUCUACCGAAAAGUUUGGUGUUUCAACGGAGCUUUUAUAGAGCUUGUUUGGACACGGAGAAAAUUGAGAGCGAUGAAGAUAGGACGUUUCUGAGGCUUUUAGAUGAAGCAAUUGGAGGCUGGCCAAUCAUUAAAAUGCACACCUGGAACGAACAAAAAUAUACUUGGCAAGGCGCUACAAUCCAAGCUAGGAAACUAGGUCUAUACAAUGGAUUUUUCAUCUCAAUUCAGAUCUACGAAAAUCACACAAAUGACGGAAGAAUGUUGUGGUUAAAACCACCAGAUGCAACGGAAAUCAGUUCAUUUAAUCUAAAUGAUAGUGUCAUUGACCAUAUACACGAUAUUCUUAAAGACUUAGGAGCUACUAGUGUAGAUAUUAAAGCAGAUUUAAGAGUUGCGGUAAAUUUUGUGGAAAGACUGAAAGAGAUUGCUACAGAGCACAACAACAAAACCUUGGCUUACAACAGCGACGAGAGAAGGAAUAUAACGUUGCGCAAUCUUAAGCACAAUUUAAUUAAAAUUGAUUGGCUGGAGUUUCUACGAAAAUACACUGAAGUUGACUUAAAACCUACUGACCAAGUGGUAUUUGAUCUAGAUGGAUAUCUGACUAGUCUUUACUAUUUGUUUCAUCGUACACCCAAAAGGGUUCAAGCAAACUACAUAGCAUGGAUCUUGCUCUCCACUAACAUUAAUUAUUUAUCGAAAAAAAUACGUGACAAGUAUGAGCAAAUUACAAAAUUGCUGGAGGAGGAAAAGACGGCUGAAACACGGGAUGAAUUAUGUUACAAGAUCAGUAAGAGCUUGUUUAGAAAUACCGCCGAUGCAGAAUACGUCCGAAGAUACACACCACCACAGAAGAAAAAACAAAUACAAACCAUGAUUGACUAUGUAAAAUCCGCCAUGGAGGAAUAUAUAGAUCGAUCUGAAUGGAUGGACGACAAAAGCCGAGAAAACGCAAUAAAGCGUUUACAAAAUAUUACCGCAGCUAUUGGUUGGCUUGAUGAAGCGUUUAAUGUUACUAAAAUAGAAGAAUUGACAGGGUUUGAUAAGGUUAAACAUCUUCCAAACGAAAAUGUAACUGCCAUUGAUCUAGCACGAAUGGCUCUGAAGGUGACUUUGGAUAGGGUGUUUCGUAAUAUUAACACGAAAGAUGCCCUCAUUCAUUUUCGAGGACCAGAGAUGUCAGUCAAUGCGUAUUAUUUACGUUUAUUUAACAUUUUAAUUCUACCAGCAUCGAUCCUUCAAGACAAUAUUUUCGACGGCAAUCGUCCAACUUACAUGAAUUUCGGUGCUUUAGGCACAAUCAUCGGCCACGAGAUCACCCACGGAUUCAGUCUUUAUUAUAAUUUAGAAGGAUACGAAGAAGAAGAUUUAUGGACCAAUGCUACCAUCGAAAAACGAACUGAAAUAACACAGUGCGUCGAUGACGAGUAUAAUAUUUUCGAAAUAGCACACGGGAAAAAUAAGACCAACCAUACCAGCGGCGAAGAAAAUAUAGCGGAUUUCAAUGCAGUCAACAUCGCGUACUCAGCAUACCAAAACUGGGUGCAGUAUAACGGUCGAGAAUCCACUCUUCCAGGUAUAAAUUAUACCCCCAACCAACUAUUCUGGAUAAUGAGCAGCACGUACAUGUGCUUCCAACCCAAGUUGUCAGAAAAGGACACGUUUGUCGGAAAAAGUAAACACCAUGGUAUUCCCGAGUUUAGAGUGGUGGGAGGGAUACGGCAUUCACCGUAUUUUGCCAACGACUUCAAUUGUCCUGUGGGUUCUUAUAUGAAUCCAAAAGACAAAUGUAAAAUAUUUGGAGAUUAA